AUGAUAGCCUUCGAUACCUAUGUCACCGACCGUGGGUUUUAUGUUCAAGAGUACCCAUGGACAUUGGGAUUCAGUGGCGCUGGGACGAUCAAAAGGCUGGGCGCCAAAGUCAACGGCCUGAGCGUUGGAGACCGUGUUACGUUCUUUGGGAUGGGUCCGUCGCGAAGUAAAUCACUGCAAGAGUGUUCCGUCCAACCUCGAAGCGUUGUUUCCAAAAUUCCCGACAGCCUUUCUCUUGAGGAGGCAUCCACGAUCCCUGACAACUUUGUCACCUCGUUCUACACCCUCUUCAACCAACUCGCCUUGCCCCUCCCAUCUUCCUUUCCUGCUCAGACACCUCCGCCGCUUUCGAAGACACCCAUUCUGGUAUACGGUGCUGGGUCUACGGCAGGAGUUUACGCCAUCCAGUUAUUGCACCUCGCCGGCUAUAAGAAGAUCCUUGCCACUGCCUCCAAGAAACACCAUGAGUACCUCCGAUCCCUAGGUGCGACCGACACAUUUGACUAUAACAGCUCCACGCUCGUGGAAGAGAUUGCAAAAACUGUGGGCGAGGAUGGGAAAGUCCUCAUCGCUGUGGACUGCAUCACCGCAGAUGGGACGCUGGCAAUUCUUGGGAAGAUUGUGAGCCCCCUUGGAAAGAUUGCGCUUCUUCUCCCAAUAAAAGAGGGAAAUGCGGUCAUAGGAGGUCAGGAACAAAGGAUGUACUUCGAAGUCGCGGAAGACAGCAACCCUUUCCCCAAAGGCACAAAGAUAGUCUAUGUCAGGACGUUCAACUACCAAAAGGAUGAAUACCUCAAGCAAAACUUAAUGCCUAAAAUUCUCCCGCGUCUACUCGACUCAGGAUACAUUAAACCGACGCAAGUGCGUCUGCUGGAGAAAGGGUCCUUCAAAGAAAGAGUUGGGACUGGGCUUGACCUUUUGAGGAACAACCAGAUCAGUGGAGAGAAAGUUGUUGUCAAAGUGCCGUAG